AUGACUGAAACAGCAAGAGUGUCUACUUUUGCCCUUCCAGUCGACUACGAUGAACUUGUUCCCGCGCUUAAGGCAUAUGCUAUUGUACGACAGAACGUCACUAACAUGUUUCCAACGGACCAUUUAAAGCGUGCAGACUACUUUCAUGGCAUAUGGACGGCACAGAUGUUUGAUGAGGUCGUGGAGCAAAUGUCCUUGCAAAUUAAAAUCCAGACCAAAGAAUGGAAUAGGUUCAAGAUGUGCAAGGACGGUAAAUGUGAUCGUCUUUUCCACCUUGAUGAAGCAGAACAGGAGCGGAUUCGCGCUGAUGUAGCAAACACAUUGGGCGUUCCGUACAACGAGAGAGAUCCGGGAUUCCUGCAACUGGUCGAGCAACAUAUGGAUGCGUACGACCCAAACCAGCUUAUGGAAUUGCAUCAGUUGAAUGUUCACUCCUACUAUGAUUAUGCUGUCUGGUCGAACAAAUAUGACAGAGAUAAGAUUUUUGAAAACUCUGCCCAGUCUGCUUUAUGGGCUGCUAGAACACUAGAGUCCGACAUUGGCUUACGUAUCUUGGUCACUACACAAAUCGUGACCGAAGACAUCGCUAAAAUAUUCCCUCAGCUGGGCGUGAGUUAUCAGCCGCGCUGGUGGUUUGGCAAAUUCAAUGCAGAUUUUAGGCCAAAGGCUGUUCUACCAUUCUUCACGCUCCUACACGCACGUAAAAUGCAAGGUGUCAGCACCAAAACCUCCUUCAUUGAUGCUCCAAAUGCCGUCGGCCAUUCCAACAGCCUAACCUUCUUCGAUAUUUUGGAUACGCCGCCAAAGCUUGACCAAAAGACGGAGCUACAUUUCAAACGAACCUUGGACAUGCUGCAUCUCAAGCCUUACGUAGACAUGACUCUCCUGCCAUCUCUGCUGGCCAUCAGAGGUCAAAAUUCGAACAGGGCAGAACGCGCGAAAGACGAGAUCUUAGCAGGAAAUGUCUCUAAUAAGGCUCUGGAGGAUGUCAUGAGUUUGAUAGAAGAGAUGCGAGAUUCAACUUGGCCCAAGUAUAUGACCUUAACCUUUGUUGUGAACGCAUUCCCAUGUGUUCACUAAUUAACCUUUCUGGUAAAAUAAUGAGCUUUCACUCGAUCACUCAUUUCGAACAUUCCAUGCUCCAAGUCACCACAUGCUCGUCACAAGCAGGUUAAAGCGGUUUUUCCAUUUGUUGGAAAUUGCGCCAAACAGUCUAGUAAUACGUGGCGGAACUAUUUAAUUAGGCAAGC